UGGAUGAGAGAGCGACAGCGAGACAAUGGUAUGAAGGUGGUAUGAAACAUCAUCACGUGCUUCUUACACAUGCACACGCACAUUCCUUCAUCCAGGAUCCUGACAGACUGCCUGGUUUUUACACAAAGACGACGGGUUGAGAGAUACCCACCGAUGAGAUACGUUACUCCACGUUUGAGGGAAAUCCCUGGUGCGCGUGUGAGCGAGUGUUGCCGGAGAUCACGAUGGGCUGCAACCUGUGUACUUUGCAGAAGAGAGAGGAACAUUACAAGCUGCUGUAUGAGAUCGCGCAGGUGAAUGGCCGUGACUUCUCAAAGUCCGGACAUGAAGGGGCAGUGGAAGCCAUGCGGAAAGACCCAAUAGUGGUGCAGGUGCUGAGGCGGGGUCACUCGUCCCGAAACCAGAGCAACCUACAGGAAGUCUGUGUGGUGGACGUAUGCACUCAAACGGACAUCACCUUCGAGCACAUCAUGGCUCUGGCCAAAAUGAGACCCAGUACCCCACCUGUGCCGGACAUCUGUCCCUUCCUGCUGUCUGACAGCUGUCAUUCCAUUCAGACAGUGGAUCGUGAAUAUUUCGAUUGUCCGGAGUACGUAUCCGCCACUCAGGCAGAAGUGGAAAGGGCCGACGAAUUUGAAUGUGAGGAGGUUGAGCUCUGUCGAAUGAACAGCCAGGAAAAACUGGGUCUGACCCUCUGUUACCGCACCGAUGAGGAUGAAGAAGAUGCGGCUAUUUUUGUUGGCCAGGUUGAGCCAAACAGCAUUGCCGCAAGGGAUGGACGGAUCAGACAGGGCGACAGAAUUUUACAGAUAAACGGUCAUGACGUGCUGGACAAGGAAGAGGCUGUUGCUCUUCUCUCAAAUGAAAAUUCCAGAUCCAUAGUGUUGCUUGUCACCAGACCUGAAGGACAGAUGGAUGGGAGCUGGCUUGAUGAAGCCCACCAUGACUUCCUAGAGGAACUGAAGAUGGAGAUUUUAGAGGAACAGAAAAAAGAAGGAAUCCUUCAAACAGCAUGUCGCAUGAAGCGGUCCAAAAGACUUGAGGAGGAAGUAUCUACAGAUACGGCAACCUGCUCUUCUAGCAUUCUAGAGAAGGACAGUGGUAUAAAAUGCAGUUUUGAGGAGACCUCUGAACAUGAAACCUUCUCUCACGCCCAAACCCGGACUCAAAAACAACUUCUGGACAAAUGGGGGGCAGGCUCACGUUCGGUUCCUAUGGACACCAUAAGCUUUGAGUCGGGUCAGGAUGAAAGGAUAAGUGAGAGUGGAGUAGAAUGCGACCACUUCCAACAGCUCUUGGAACUCAAGUGCCAGAUACGGAAUGGUGGGGAAUGCGGAUUGGUGUACAGGCGAAGCAGCACUAUUGAAUGCAGCUUGACGGAGCAAGGCGGAAGCGGCGUGGCGCGGGAGCUGCAUAUGUUAAACGAGGAGCUACGCAGCAUUGAACGCGAGUGCCAGAGCAUCAUGCAGGCACACCAGCUCCGCCGGAGCAAACACGACUCACCCCGAACAGAUAAAGAAAAUCGCUUGCGGCGUGGCAAGCUUGCAGAUAUUAAUGAGCAUCCUGAAAGACUUCAAGGGGAGAAGCUGAGAGAUAAAGACAGCUCUAGUGCCUACAACACAGCAGAAAGCUCCCGCUCAACGCCACUGGGAACGGAAGGAUCACCUGACCACUCGCUACACCAGCGCGUCCACUUGACCAAUCAGAAGAACCUCCAGAGUCCCCAUCACAUACAGAGUCCAUACAAUAGCCCCAUCUUGACGUUUCCCAGCCAAAGUCGUGCCCAUACUUACACCACCUCAACAACCCCUUUACAGAUUCCCAUCACCAGUCCUGGUUCACAAGGUCCCAGCCAGGCCUUCUCCAGCAGCCUGGAGCAAAGCCCCAGCAACCCCUCAGAAUCUGACCCAGCCCUCCCGGCAGAUGACGAACAUUGCGAAAGGAACCGCAACAGAGUCGCAGCCGCUCUGUACCACCCUUCACCCUACCACAGCAACACUGCAACAACCCAGCUCCCCAGCACACGACGUUACCAGAGCUACCUACAACUCCUACAACAACAUUCCUCUUCUUCUCUGGAAUACUCCCAGAGCCAGCUUAGUCUUCUCAGCCUCCGUGGACGGCCCGGUCCCUCACAAUCCGGCCGGCUAGAAUGGAAGGUCAAAGUCCGGGCAGAUGGAACGAGGUAUGUGGCACGCAGACCCGCACGAGACCGCAUCCUACGGGAGCGAGCCUUGCGGAUCCGUGAGGAACGUAGCGGGGGGAUGACUACAGAUGACGACGCAGUCAGCGAACUGAAGAUGGGUCGAUAUUGGAGCAAAGAGGAACGCAAGCAGCAGCUAGCACGCGCGAGAGAGCAACGACGCAGGAGGGAGUUCAUGCAGAAGAGCAGGCUGGAGUGUCUAAAAGAGUCUGUGGGGACAGCGAGCGGGGAAGUGAGCAUCCUGGAGCUCAGCCAUAAAAAGAUGCUGAAGAAACGAAACAAGAAGAUCCUAGACAACUGGAUGACCAUUCAAGAGCUAAUGAGCCACGGGGCACGAGCGCCUGAGGGCACCAAAGUUCACAACGCCUUCCUCUCAGUCACCACCGUUUAAGGGUGUGGUCUUGCUUUUAUGUACUUGCCUCGUUCCAAGUGGCCAUUUUAUAAAGGUUAAGAUGCAAAUAUUUUUCCUUGAAGCCGAGUCGUACUUUAACUCGACUGGGUGUCGUUUCAAGAAAUGUGAAUGUUCAAACUCUCUUUUGAUAUUUGGACACUACCGUUACAGACCUCGCUGUGAUUUCUGAUCGAAUGUAUAAAAGACGUUUUUAACGCACUACAUUGUGGUUUAAUGUAGUGUUUCUGUCCAUGCAUUUGUAUUUUAUAAAGUUUUCAUCGGAUAAAGUACUUGAAUGUGCGAUGUCGGCAUUUUGCUGCCGUUUCAUCUUUUGGAUCUAGAAAUGUAAAUAUUCUUUAAAAGGUCUUCAUUUCAGCAUCAGGUUUACACAUUUGGCAGACGCACGAUGUUACCAUUUUAAUGGUAUUGUAUACCGAUUUUUGUACUGUUCUAAAACGAACGAAUAUUAUUUAUAUUUUUGAGUUAUAAGUUAUGUAGCCUUUGUUCCAUCUUUAUAAUGCCAAAUGACUCGGUCUGUAUAUCGAAUUCCUACCACACUCAUGUGCCUUGUAGGGAGGCUCAUUUUUCUACCACAGGUUGUGAGGAGACAGAGUUAUCUUGUCAUGUUUCUGGUCUCUUUUCGAUGUAUAAGACAACUUUGUA